ACAACUUGCCUCGACAAGUGAUAUAAUCGACAAUCGAGUUUUGCAGUUUUUGCACAGCUCUAGUCUAAAAGGUACUUUUUGGGAGGACUGUCGAGAAAAAUAGAAUUUAUUUGUAAAAUACGCUAUAAAUAUGCUAUCCCGCGUAGCUUUGCGUACAGUAGCGGCUCGGCAGUCCGCCUCCACUGCUCUGGUUGCCCGCGGCUCGUCCAGCGGUGCCCGCGAUGAACAGAACUUCCCGCGCCCCGUGCGUGGGGAGCCUGGCAAGGUUCGCCUUGGAUUCAUCCCCGAGGAAUGGUUCCAGCUGUUCCACUCCAAGACCGGUGUGACUGGCCCGUACACCUUCGGAGUGGGUCUGGCAACAUACCUGUGCAGCAAGGAGAUCUACGUCAUGGAGCACGAGUUCUACUCGGGGCUUUCCAUCUUCAUCAUGGUCUACGUGGCCGCCAAGAAGUUCGGACCCCCCCUCGCCAAGUAUUUGGACAAGGAAGUUGAUGCCGUAGAAAGCGAGUGGAACGAGGGCCGCCAGCAGACCAUCACAACUCUAGAAGAAUCCAUCGCAGCGGAGAAGAAGUCCCAGUGGCAGGCGGCGGGGCAGGAGCUGCUGGUGCAGGCCAAGAAGGAAAACGUGCUGCUGCAGCUCGAGGCCGCCUACCGGGAGCGACUCAUGACUGCUUACAACGAGGUGAAACGCCGUCUGGACUACCAGCUCCAGAAGGCGACGCUGGAGCGCAACCUCUCCCAGAAGCACAUGGUCGACUGGAUCGUGAGCAACGUCAACAAGUCCAUCACCCCAGACCAGGAGAAGGCUACACUGGACCGCUGCAUUGCUGACUUGUCCGCUAUGGCUGCCCGGCAGAAGUGAAGCGCUGAAUACUUGUAUAUUUAACGUUGUGAAGCAAUCAGAUUUGGGUUUUGUGCUGUUGGAACUGGUUUAAAGGAAGGAUAGCAAUGUUUGUGGUUCCAUAAAAGUAAGAGUGAUGUUUGGGUUUUUACAGCGCUAAGUUCGAAUUUGGUUGUUUCAGAAUAGCUACCAUUGUAAAGUGAAUUAAAUCGAUUGUAUAGAGGUU